AUGACUUUUUCGUGGGUCGUAUACCUAUCUGCUCUCUCUACCACAGCUUUUGCAAGUCCAGUGGUCAACUCUUUUCAAUAUGACUAUAUCAUCGUCGGUGGUGGAACAGCUGGCUGCGUGCUUGCCAACCGCUUGUCAGCAAACCCAUCCAUCUCUGUUGCUCUGGUUGAAGCUGGACCCACUGUAUUUAACGACCCUCGAGUUUACACACCCGACCCUGCUGGGCCUGCAUGGGGCACUGAGCUUGACUGGAACUAUACUACUGUACCUCAGAUCUAUGCCAACAAUUCGACAUUGCAAUACCACGCUGGUAGAGAUGUUGGUGGCACAAGUACCAUUAACGGCAUGGUAUACCUCCGUCCAACCUCUGAUGAAGUUGACUCUUGGUCAUUGCUGGGUAAUCCCGGCCUGACAUGGGAUAGCCUGCUUCCUUACUUCAAGAAAAGCGAGCAUCUACAAUUGCCCACUGAUCCACGUGCACUCGCAGAGACAGCUUAUGAACCCAGUGUACACGGCUUCGUUGGUCCAGUCAAAGUUGGCUGGGGAAACGAUCUCAAUCCAGGACAAUUUGGACAUGCAGUCAACACAACCUGGCAAUCGCUAGGGCUCCAGUGGAACAUUGAUCUGAAUACGGGCAAUAACAGCGGUCUCGGCUUUUGGCCAAUUGAGAAAGACACUGUCCUGCAGAUCAGACAGGAUUCGGCUAGGUCGUACUAUCUGCCUGUCAUGGGUCGAGCCAAUCUGCACGCUUUCACCAACACAACUGCUCUGAACAUCGAUUUGGACAGUGGUAAUGGCCAUCAUGGACCGAAAGGACAAGUCAUGGCCAAAGGUGUCAAUGUGAUCUUGCCUUCUGGAGAAAGACAAUUUCUCCAAUCUAAGCAAGAAGUCAUUCUUUCCGCUGGCACAUACAGAACCCCUGGUCUCCUCGAGCAAUCUGGCAUCGGCAAUCCAUCCAUCCUGCGCAACUUAUCAAUCACGCCCAAAGUCGAUCUUCCCGGUGUAGGAGCUCAUGUCCAGGAUCAAUGGCUAAUCGGUGUCAUCCACAACCCCAAAAUUACCAUGAAAUCACUGACCGUAAUGUACAACUCCAAUCCCAUGGAAGGCUCCGUGACAGCUGCCGACCUUUUCGGUGACGAACUCGAUGCCGUUGCCGCACAACUAUACAAAGACAUACCCUCAUACGCUCGCACACUUUCAGAAGCAAGUAAUGGUGCCAUCUCCGUGCAAGCACAAGAGCAGAUCCUUCUCACUAGAGCAAACUUGUUCUUCCAGAAAAACGUCGCAAUUGGUUCAAUGCAACUCCAGCCCUAUGGAGGAAAUUGUUGGGUUACCUUACCUCUAUCGACAGGCAAUAUCCAUUCGUCUUCCGACCCCUCCAAACCACUUCUAAACCCCAACUUCAUGCAACUACCUUGGGACAUCAUGGUCGCACAACGCUUGUUCCUUUUCCUCCGCCGCAUUUACUCUUCUUCUCCUGUCCAAGCCGCCCUAGGCCCCGCUGCCGGCACCGAACUCCUGCCCGGGUACACUCUUCUGCCUUUCAAUGCCUCGCUCGCCCAAUAUACAGCCUACUUUGGCUCCGCACUCGCACCCGUCUGGCAUGCAGUAGGUUCUGCAGGCAUGAGAAGACGCGAUUGGGGCGGUGUGGUCGAUACAAAGUUUAGAGUGUAUGGAACGAAGGGUUUGAGAAUCGUGGAUGCGAGUGUUAUCCCUAUGGAAGUUAAUGGCAAUCCGACAAGUACGAUUUAUGCAUUGGCAGAGAAGGCUGCGGUGGAUAUUUUGGCAGAUUGUGAGUGA